AUGGCAAAAAAAAAGAAAUUAUUUCUUCCUCUUCUAUAUCUUACAUCUAUAGUAUUUUUGCCCUGGUGGAUCUCUCUCUCAUUUAAUAAAAGUCUUGAAUCUUGGAUUACUAAUUGGUGGAAUACUAGGCAAUCUGAAACUUUUUUGACUGAUAUUCAAGAAAAGAGUAUUCUCGAAAAAUUCAUAGAAUUAGAAGAACUCUUACUCUUGGACGAAAUGAUAAAAGAAGACCCGGAAACAGAUCUACAAACGCUUCGUAUCGGAAUCCACAAAGAAACGAUUCAAUUGAUCAAUAUGCACAACGAGGAUCAUAUCCAUACGAUUUUGCACUUAUCGACAAAUAUAAUCUGUUUCAUUAUUUUCAGUGGUUAUUCUAUUCUGGGUAAUGAAGAACUUGUUAUUCUUAACUCUUGGGUUCAAGAAUUCCUAUAUAACUUAAGUGACACAAUAAAAGCUUUUUCUAUUCUUUUAUUAACUGAUUUAUGUAUCGGAUUCCAUUCACCCCAUGGUUGGGAACUUAUGAUUGGCUAUGUCUACAAAGAUUUUGGAUUUGCUCAUAACGACCAAAUUAUAUCUGGUCUUGUUUCCACUUUUCCAGUCAUUCUAGAUACAAUUUUUAAAUAUUGGAUCUUUCGUUAUUUAAAUCGUGUAUCUCCAUCACUUGUAGUGAUUUAUCAUUCAAUGAAUGACUGA